AUGUCUUCCGAAGCUCCUACCGGUGAGCUCUCUGCUGCUCAGAAGCUCAUGCAGAAGCAUGCUGAGGCUCCCCACCAUGUCAUCGUCGAGGAUGUACCUGAUGAGGACCUCCCUAUCCGUUCUCCUGCCGAGGCCUCUAGCUCUGCCGAAGCUCCCGCUCCUGCUCCCAAGGCAGCCCCCAAGCCUGCUUCCAAGACUCUCGAUACUCAAUCGCAUGAGUUGUUCCCCGAGCUUGGUGCUCCCAAGGGCAAGUCCGCCAACGUGGCGCCCAUCUGGGGAGCUAAGACAGCUAACGGCGCCACCCCCAACGGCGGCUCUCGUUCGUCUACUCCUGCCUCUGGAGCUGUUACUCCCAACAAGCCUAUGGUAAUCCCUGGUCGCAAUGUCGAGACUGUCACUCUGGAUCCUCAGUACAUCAUGGCUCGUGGCCAGCUGAAGAGGCCCAUUCCCGACAUCAUCAAAGAUAUUAACCGUAGGUCUCGUGCCAACGUCACAAUGGCUACUUCUACCAACGGCCGCUACAAGUUUGAUGCCACUGGUCCUCAGGAUGUUGCUCAACAGGCGCUUAAGGACCUUGUUGCUCAGAUCGGUACCCGAACUGCCAUCAAAGUUCCCAUUCCCCAGUCGACUCGUGCCCACAUCAUCGGCAAGGGAGGUUCCAUGAUCAAGGCCCUCCAGGAGAAGACCGGUGCCAAGAUUCAGCUUCCCAAGGUCGACGAGAACAACCCCAUCGAUGAGGAGGAUGACGAUGCUACCAUUGAUGUCACCAUUGAGGGCAAUGCCCUUUCUGCUGCUUCUGCUCGAGAUGAGAUUCUCAAGAUCGCUGGCGAACGAUCUGCCAAUGUCCAGACCAAGGUUCGGGGCAUCCCCACCGCUUUCUACCCCUUCAUUGCUGGCCGCGAGAAUGCUCUGGCCCAGGCUCUUGAAGAUGACAACGGUGUCCAGAUCCGAGUCCCUCCUAUUCAGGCUUACUUCUCAGGCCAGAACCCUGUCACUGCUGUUCCUGACCAGUCUCCCGUUUUCGCUCCUGCUGGCAACGACGAGAGCCACGUCCAGCUUGCUGGUGAUCGUGCUGCUGUCCAGAAGGUCCGCGCCGAGAUCGAGCGUCAGGUUGCCGAGCUCCACAAGCAGCUCGCCGCCGAACAACUCGCUAUCCAGCGUGGCCGUCACCAGUUCAUCAUCGGUGACCGAGGUGUUCCGGUUGACCAGUUCUUCGCUGAUACUGGUUGUGCCAUCUUGCUGCCCUCCGACGAGGAUGACGACACUGUCACCGUAAUUGGACCUGCUGACCAGGUUAACGCCGGUCUGGAGAGGGCUAUGGAUCUGGCAAUGGGCAUGCAGAUGUCCAACUUGGACAUUGCUCGAUUCCACCGCAGCGCCCCUGGUGGUGCUGCUAUCCACGCUGGUAACGUUACUCGAUACCUACGCCAGCGCAAGGAGAUUGAGCGCCUCGAGAAGAUCUACAACACUCACAUCAACACUCCGUUCUCCGAAGGUGGUGCUCUCCCCUGGGAGCUUUACUCUCGUGAGGGUAAGAACGCUAUUCGUGCGCAGUCUGAGAUUACUGGUAUUAUCAACGCCCAGCCUCCUUCUCGCAUGGUCUCCGUUCCCAUUGAUCCUUUCUUCCACCAGCAUCUCCGUAACAACAUUACUCGACAGGUCAAGAGCGACUAUGGUGUCCAGAUUGUCGUGCCUGAGGCCUCGGAGGGCAACGUUCCCGUUCUCCUUGUUUUCGAGGGCCCUGACCCUGCCGAUGGUCCUUACCAGUUGCCUCGCACCAAGCCCUCAGAUGCUGAUAUCCGAUCUUUCAAGAAGGGACUGGAAGAAGCUCAGAAGCACAUUCUUGAUCUUAUCAACAAGCAGGAAGCUAUCACCACUGCCACUCUCGAUGUCCCUGCCAAAUUCCACGAGAGACUUCGCCGAUUCAUCAAGAAGGAGCAGGAAAGCCGAAAGGCCGACCAAAUCCCCGUCCGUGUUACCAAGGUCGGAACAACCAUCACUCUUCGCGGCCCUCAAUCUGCUGUGGAGUCUCUUGCCGCCAAGGCUAACGCCUUCGUUGAGCAAGAGAAGGAGGAUGAGAAGGAGCGUGGAUUCACCUUGUCUUUUGACUUCCCUCAGAAAUUCGCUAACCACCUGAUUGGUAAGGGUGGCAGCAACAUCCGUGAACUUCGAGACCGCUUCGAUGUUGAGAUUCAGGUUCAGGAUGGCAAGGUCGAGCUCAAGGGACCCAAGGCCAAGGCCGAGACUGCUCGCUCCCACAUCCAGAGUCUCGCCCGUACACUGGCAGAUGAGACAACACACACGCUUAAGAUCGACCCCAAGUACCACAGGGAGUUGAUUGGCGCUCAAGGAAGCCAAAUCAACCGUCUGCAGACUCGCUACAAGGUCCACAUCUUCUUCCCUCGAUCUGCAAAGCCUGCGGACGAGGAGCAGUCCAACGCUGAUGCCGAAGAGGGUGCCAAGCCCCGACGACAGCAGCCUGCUGAUGAGGUUAUGAUCCGAGGUCCCAAGAAGGGCGCUGAUGAGGCUCGCGACGAGAUCUACUCCCUCCACAAGUACCUCGAGGAGCACUCAGCCACCGCUACUGUUUCUGUUAAGCAAAAGCAGGUUGGAUCUCUGAUUGGUCAGGGUGGUGCUGCUCUUGACGAGCUCCGCCAGGCUACCGGUGCCAGAAUUGAUGUGCCCCAGGAUCGCGAUACCGAAAUUGUCGAGAUCCAGAUCAAGGGUACCGCUUCACAGGUCGCCAAAGCCAAGAAGGUUCUCGAGGAGAAGCGGGCCGUGUUCGACGACACUGUGGUUCGCACUCUCGACGUCGACAAGAAGUACCACAAGUCUCUCAUCGGUGCUGGUGGCUCCAACCUCCGGGAUAUUGUUGUCAAGGCUGGUGGCUCUGACGACCGACGAGAGCUCGCCCGCACCAUCCAGUUCCCCAAGCAGGAGGCUGAUGGUAACACAAUCAAGAUUGAGGGCCGCACUGACGUUGUGGACAAGAUUGUCCAGCGCAUCCAGGAGAUUGUUGGCGAGCGUGAGAACCAGGUCACUGAGGUUGUAGACGUUCCCAUUGAGAACCACCGCUCCCUCAUUGGUCGUGGUGGUGACACCAAGCGCCAGCUUGAGUCCAAGUUCACCGUCUCCAUUGAUGUUCCCCGACAGGGUGAUGGCAAGACCGGCGUCAAGCUGACUGGUCGACCCGAGCAUGUGGCCAAGGCCAAGGAGCACAUCCAGGGGCUUGUUCAGCAGCAGCAGGGAGAGACCAUCCAGGUUCCUCGCAACCUCCACCACUCCAUCUCCAACGGUGGCCAGUUCUUCCGUCAGCUUCGUAACAACUUUUCUGUUACUGUUGACCAUGCUGGCCAGCCUCUUCCCGCUAAGCCUGACUCUUCUACUCGUUCCAACGUCGGAGCUCUGCCUCUGAUCACUGACGACGACGAUGCCAGCUCUGAGGCUCACUCAUGGAAGGUUGUUCAGAUUGAUGCUGGCGAUGAUGGUGAUUUCCCUUGGGUCCUUCGCGGUUCAUCUGAGAACGUCGAGAAGGCCAAGGAUGCUAUCGCCAAGGCUCUUGAACAGGCCAAGAAGAGCGACGCUACCGGUUAUCUUGUCCUCCCCGAUCCUCGCACUUACCGACAUGUUAUCGGCCCCAACGGCUCCAAGGUUAACGCUAUCCGCAAGGAGAGCAACUGCAAGAUCCAGGUCCCUCGCGACCAGGCCAAGGAUGAAGCCAUUGAGAUCGUCGGAACCAAGGAAGGAGUUGAGCUGGCCAAGGACCUUAUCCUUGAAGCUGUCCGAGAAGGCAGCAACAAGACCCGAGAAUAAUGAUUAACGGGCUGACAUGACAUUGUGAUAAUCUGUAUCAUGAGCAUGACAUGACACACACGGAGCAUUGUUGGGGAGAAUGAAUAUUCGAAGUAAAAGCACAGUUUCAAGUAACUAAAAUAUUAAUAUGAAUAAAA